AGGGUACCAAAAGGUCAUGGCACUGCAACUUGUGAUUACAUUGUUGCUAUCACAAUACCUUUACGUGUCCUCCUUUACCAUGCUUGAUCGGUACUAUGCACGAUUCACUCGGGAAGAUCCUGGGAAUCCAUUUCAUUCUCUCGACCAAGCACGAUUCAUAGAAGACGAUUCACCUGAACCUGCAGAGGAUGAGUCCAACGGCGAAUCAAUUCGGUUCAUUGUGGCACCAGUUCAAAUGAGCAAUCCGCUGUACAGCUUCAUUUCCAGAGCAGGACAACUAUACAGUGUACUGCUAAAACGAGCGGCAAGCAGGAAGGAACAACAAUUGUAUUGAUAAAUAUUAUGGACGUUAUCUUACAUU